UGAAUAUGCCAUUAUUGAUUCUGUCAUUUAUCUGUCAACGCCGAAUCAAAACACGCCGCUAAAAUAGCCAAAAAAGAAACUCUCGACAGCGUGUUUAUUUGUUUUCCUUUUAAUUAAGCAUUUAAUAAAUAACAACCACCAUGGCUGGUGUUCUCUUCGAAGAUAUUUUCAAUGUAAAAGACAUGGAUCCAGAGGGCAAGAAAUUCGAUCGUGUCAGUCGAUUGCACUGCGAAUCUGAAUCCUUCAAAAUGGACCUCAUUCUAGACAUAAACUCUUGGCUAUAUCCCAUGGAAUUGGGAGACAAAUUCCGUCUGGUUCUGGCCACAACCCUCAGAGAAGAUGGCUGUCCCGAUAGUGGUGAAUUUAAUCCACUCGAACAGGAUGGAACUCGUGCAGAUAGUUUCGAAUAUGUGAUGUUUGGUAAAAUCUACAGAAUUGAAGGUGAUGAGGCCCACAAUGAGGCGACAAGUCGUCUGUCGGCUUAUGUAUCCUUUGGUGGACUGCUGAUGAGACUGCAGGGAGAUGCAAAUAAUUUGCACGGAUUCGAAGUUGACCAACAAAUGUAUCUAUUGAUGAAGAAAAUUGCGUUUUGAAUUUUAUAUUUUUUUUUUAUUAAAGUGGUUUUCUAGUUAGUAAAAUGUA